UCUCCUGGACAUGGAGUCUGGUGUCUGCUGCUGGGCGAUGAGAACUAGCUGAAAGUCAGAAGAGCCAUCCUCAGCAGCAGCCCAUUCGGGUGGGAAACAGCCCAGUCUGGCAACGCUCGAGAAGGCCGAUGCACCAGCGCUCUAGCGCCUCCUGGAGUAGCUUCCCCCUCGUUGCAGUCUCAUCACCGUGACGAUGCUGAGUGUUCCGAUGCUGUGGCUGUGUGGGAGCUUCCUGGUGUCACAGUGGCUGUUCCAUCGCGGCAGCCCGCAGCUCUGCUCCUGGCUCUGCCCCUCGUUCAUACACCUGCCCAUCUCCAGCAGGACCGAAUGGAACAGCAGAAUAGUUUCCACCAUCCACGCCCUCGUGGUGUCUCACUCCAGCCUGUACGUAUUCCUCUUCGACGAGGCCAUUAUUGAGGACCCUGUCUGGGGAGAUCCCGCUGCUGUGAAGCUCAACGUGGCCAUUACAACUGGGUACCUGCUCUCAGAUUUGGUGAUCAUGUUUUCCACUUGGGAGGUAACUGGUGACAAGCUCUUCGUGCUGCAUCACCUGGCUGCUCUGUACGCCUACUCAUACGUGCUGGAUCAGGGCCUGUUGCCCUAUUUUGCCAAUUUUCGCCUUCUGUCUGAGUUCUCCACACCAUGUGUGAACCAGCGGUGGUUCUUCAAAGUUCUGCGCUACCCCAAGACCUCGGUGCCAAACCUGCUGAAUGGAGCGUUGAUGGCGGGCGUGUUCUUCCUGGUCAGGCUGGCUGUACUCCCGGUCUACUACUACCGCGUGUUGGGAGUGUUCGGCACGCCGGCCUACUACCGGCUCCCGGUGGGCGGCCGCGUGGCCUGGAUCGCCUCCAGCGUGUGUCUGGACGUGCUGAACCUGCUGUGGAUGUGGAGGAUAUGGGCGGGAGGGCUGCAGGUGCUGCGCUCCAAGACGCCGGCGCCCCACAGGGGUGUAACCAGAGGCCAGCCCAACUCCAGGAUGGACUGA